UUGUUCGAUUGCUGCCAGAGCGCUGCCUUAACGGAUGUUUGUAUAAGUGCAGGGAAAAGUCAUGACUGGACUUCGAACUAAUUUGUCAAUACAGAUUUGUUUAUUUACGUUGUGUGAACCUACAUCUGAGCAGAAUAAUUUUCUUUCGUAUGAUUCAAAAUUAUUCAUAGGGAGCUUCUAAAUUCUCAUAUUUAAGCUGUGCUUCAGUACUGUAGGAAAUUGCGAUGUUGCGGACUCAUUUAAAACGUGGAACGGAAAAAUGGUUGCACUUGACAACCCUUCGUUGCAGAUCGAAGUCUGCUGCCGGAAAACAAUGCUGGAAAUGUAGCAGUUCAGAUAUUAACAAUACGUUUUUUUGUGCUUCGUGCGGUGUGUUACGAGAGUCGGCUGAAAAAGAAGACUACUUCGAACUAUUGAAACUGAAGAAAGAGUUCAACAUAGACACUUUGAAACUCGUACAAAACUAUCGCCAUAUCCAAAGUAUGAUACAUCCAGACAAGUUUGCUCAGAAAUCAGAGCAUGAAAAGGCAAUUGCAUUAGAAUGGAGCUCUUUAGUUAACAAAGCGUUCAAAACACUUUCUAAGUCCAUUGAGAGGGGCAAAUAUUUACUAACGCUUAAUGGAGUAUCUAUAUCUGAAGAUAAUACAUCACUUGAUAAAGAAUUUCUCUUAACAAUGAUGGAUUUAAAUGAAUCAGUGGAGGAUGCAGAAACUGCCGAUGAACUAAAAACUAUAGCUUCAAAUGUAUCUGUAAAUAUAGAACAUCUGAAUUCAAAGCUAGUCCAACACUUUAAAGCCCAUGAUUUGGAUGGCGCUAAGGAAGUUAUCAUACGUUUAAAAUAUAUGAACAACAUUGAAAGGACCGUAAAAGAAAAGCUUUUACAUCUUAAUCUAAAGCCGUAAACAUCUAUUAUAAUAUGCAACGUGUAACUGCGACACGCGUCAUGUUUAAUAGUGUGUUGGAUGGAAUAAACCACUUUCAUAUUUGUUGCAA